AUGGAGACGAUGUUGAGCCAAGGAUCAAUGCCAUUCAAUCAAGAGAUCUAUGUUAAGUUUGUCCUGGCCAACAACCAAAUGAUCAACAUCCAUCCCAACGACCUUAAUGACUUUUACAUAAACCCCCGACAGUCGACCUCUCAUUCAACAACUUCCUCCUUCUCCUCAGUCCCUGUCCCUUUCCAACCUCAGCCUCCUGUAACAGUGUAUAACGCUCAAACAACAUACUUUGGACCUGUGGACAAUGGCUUGCCAUCUGGACAUGAGCCAUCCCCAGAUGGUUCAUUGUACAACAAUGUCCAGGACAACUCGUUGGUAACUGCAAUGAACCAGAUUGACCUUUCUCAAAACUCCUCCCCUCCCACUGCUGAGGGUACACCCAACACUGUCCCCGUCUACUCCUCCCCAUCCCCUGCCUACUAUGAGGACAGCUCCCCAGCCAUCACAACUACUACGUCCACAACAUCGACGGCAUCCAACUCUGCUACAUCCUCUCCAACACUCCCCGCUACCAAGUCCAAGAAGGGAUCUCUAAGAUCUACCAAGUCAGAGACAAAGGUGGCUAAGGUGACUAAGGUGAAGGGUGCAAGAAAGUCCAAGAAGGAAGCUACCUCCAAGGUUAAGGAUGCUUUGGCCGAGUCAUUCACAACCAGGCAAAAGAAGAAGAUGCCCCAUCCAGAGACCGUAGUACCACUUGUGUACGAGGACCAUCCAGAUGAGAUCCUUAGACUGCGUGGUGUCGAGUACCCAGCAGUGAUAGUACAAGGCAACAGUCGUCCGAUCGAGUUCUACUUCAGUGGCAGAGGUGACAUCAAACGUCUUGGCGUGAUCACCAAUGUCCAGGAGUUUAACGAGUUCAAGAUCACUGGCAACAUUGCAUCGAUCGAGACCAACGGAGAUUGCUUGAUGGAGCCCAACAUUACACGACGCAAGGGAUUCAAGGAUGUCAAGACACUCACAUUAUUAUCCUGGGUGGUAGACAUGCCAACACUUGAGAAGAAGUACUUCAUUGGGGAGAGGAAAAUCAACUUCCUACUGAACACCGACGACUUCCCAAGACCAUUGAUCAGGGGUAUCAACAUUGUGUCUUGGGAAGGCGAGCUGCCAUUGGUAUACUUCUCUGUGGACCGCCUCAAGAAGGGUCCGAUCAAGAAGCUAACUUUGUUUGGACUUCGUCGUGGAGAGCUUAUCGACCCAAACAACAACAACAACACAGGAGAUAGUAGCUAUCACUGGUCCAUUGCCUUUGUCAUCCCUCAGUUGAUGAUCACCCAGGACACCAGCCUUAAGGAGACCGCUGUAUUCCCACUUGCCAGCGAGUGGAUCAACCGUGGAUACAAGUUGGCCGCACACUACACUCAUCUACCAACCUCGCCCACCGACAAGGUCAGAAAGAACUGCAUUCGUCUCUGUCAAGUACAAGGCCUCGGCAACCUCAUCAAUGCUCCAUGGACCUAUGGUACUGAUGGACUCCAAAGUCUAUCGUGUUGA